AUGGAUACUUGGAAUCUACACUCGCUACGCUUGGCUGUGGCCGGCUCGUCGCAGAACAGCAGUGACGCCGCUAGGAUGCCGCUACCCUCGGGGGAGCCAGACUUGCAACGUUCGGAAAAUCUCCCGGCUCUUUUUAAAACGCCACAGCAGCAGCUAAAGAGUUUCAAGGUUGAAUUUGUCACUUUUCAAAGCGGCCCUUACUCCGACAUCAAUGUUUCUUUGCAGAAGGCGCUCCAACACGGGUCCAACACCUAUAGCACCCUGUCGACUGCCGAUCAAGACAUCAUAUAUGACGCUCUGAAACAGAGAUGUCACUCCUCCAGCCAGCUAAGGAGGCACAGAUUCGUCCUUCUUGGUGAUAACUACCCAAGGCAUCAGACUUCCUGCAGGGAUCAUGCUCCAGGACAUCUUGCCUUCCCGGCCGCGAAGCAACUGCGCUCCGAAGCGACGGGCAGUGGCUAUCGACUGACUGAGCCAAGCGAGAUCGCCUACAUUUGCGCUGUUGAUGUUCUGACAGGCGAGGUCCUCAUCAAUAAUUUCGUUCAGCCACCGGGAAAAGUAAUCAACUGGCGCACCAAACACAGUGGCAUCACAUCCCGCGCCUUGCGGGAAGCCAAGUCAAGCAGGAACUGCCUUGCGAGCUGGCGCGCUGCUAGGGCAGAGCUGUGGGAGUAUGUUGAUGUCGAUACUGUUUUAAUCGGCCAUGGUCUGGAACACGAUCUACACGCUCUCCGCGUUGUCCACACUCGAAUUGUCGAUACGUCUUUGCAGACUGCCGAAGCUGUCUUUGGUGGCGUGGAAUCAUUUCGACGCGUUUGGGGCCUGAAAGACUUGAUGAAGCAACUCGUGGAGAUCGAUAUCCAGAACCAUGGCCGGCAAGGUCACGACUGCGUUGAGGAUACAUUGGCAACGCGCGAGCUUGCGCUUUGGUGUGUCCAAAACCCGCGGAGGCUCGAGGCAUGGGGGUCGGAAAGGCGAGACAGCAUGGAGAAACAGGGUAUUGAACGUGACAGGGCAAGGACAUAG